GAUAGACAGACAGACACACAGUAUACUUUAUAUAUAAUUCAUAUUUAGGCAGGUGUUUCCAUUAUAUGGGAUGCAGCUGUAGAUUUACUGUACGUAACAGACUUUACCAAUGUCCAUCAAAGGCAUCUCCUGUUUUACUUUUUACUCCAAUCAUUUGAACAUAUAACUGAUUUCACUAAUAUGGCUCCUAGUUAUCUAGAUUAGGUUUUUAAUUUUAUCUGGAAAAUACAUUUGGAACACUUGUAAUUCACUCUUCACUAUAUAGAAUUGCUUUCAGUUUCCCCCCUAAAGUACUGCAUUCUCUGUGUCUCCAACAGAUUGUGGAAAUAAGCCUAAGGUGAAGAACUUCCAACGCGGCGUUCGGAUUAUUGGGGGACAUUACUCCCAAGCCGGAGCCUGGCCCUGGGCAGUGAGCAUCCAGCAUGGAAAUGGGAAGGAUUAUACACAUUUCUGUGGCGGCUCCAUUUUGAAUGUCAAAUGGGUCCUAACAGCGGCGAGCUGCUUCACCAAACAUAAAAAUUCUCUCAACACGUUGAGACUGGUAUUUGGAGCCCACCAUCUCGCUCGAUUGGGUCCAGAAGUCCAGUUUGGAAAGAUUAAACAGCUGAUAAUCCAUGAAAACUACUCCCCUAUAGAAAGGCCAACUCAUGACAUUGCUCUGGUUGAGCUAGAAGCGGCCAUCAAAUAUAAUGACUACACCCAGCCGGCCUGUAUACCGGCUAUAACGGUUAACGUGGAGGAAAAGGACGACUGCUAUGUAUCAGCUUGGGGUUUUCUGAACGAAUCACCGACAGAAACUUUAACUAUCAUGCAAGAAGCCCAAGUGAAUAUUAUCCCUAAAAAGACGUGCAAUAGCAAGCAAUGGUAUAAAGGCAAAAUCAAAGACUUCAGCCUGUGUGCCCAUUAUACGUCAGAGAAUAGCGACAGCUGCCUGGGUGAUGUAGGAGGCCCUCUUACAUGCAGGAGAAUAGAUGCUUAUACCUAUAUGGUGGUUGGAAUAGCAGGCUCGGGAUAUGGCUGCCCCAAAGAGAAGCAGCCUCAUGUUUACACCGCUACCCAACACUACAUUGAGUGGAUUGAUAACAAGAUCUACGGCGACAAAAACACACAAGUGAAAGCCGAAAGGUCAAAGAGGUCUGAACCACAACUGAUCUCUUUUCCCCAUUUAAUUACUCAGUCGCUGAAAACAGAGGAUCAAGUUACCUUGUUCCCGUUACAGACAACUCCAUUUUUACAAACCAAAAAACUGAAGCGAUACCUGGCUAAUGCAUUUGAGCUUAAAGCAGCCGCUCAGUUUAAAACAACGGUAAAUCCAAAUGAAGAUUCAGCGAGUUCUAUUCGGCAUUCUAGUGCACCAACACCUCUGCUAGAUAGCCAACUUUUUGUGGAUACAAGUCCAGCUCAGAAUGUCCAGGUUACACCAACACCAGAACCUGCAUUCGUGGACCUGCUCCAAUCCUUAUGGCACAGUUUGAUGAAAAUGUACAGACAUAUAAUUGCAUAUGUACGCGGACUCACUAAUGGGCACCAAGCAGACUUCAGCUAAGUGGCAGUCUAUAUCUGUUUUGGUUGUCCUGCUCUUGUGUAAUAAUGAUAAAGAUCUACUGUGCUCUCAGUGACGCCACUGUGUAGGGAGGGAAGGGUGGUUUGACCACAGUGGCCUGAGAGCACCAUGGCAAUCUUAAUGAACAAGUACAGCUGCCCAUAAGACUAACGACUUGCUAAAUAAAGGUGGCCAUAAAUGGGCCAACCGACUGAGUGGUCUGUGCUCCAAAUGGACAGAUUCUAUAAGAAGGAAUUAUACAAUGACUGCAAAGGGGAGCACCACCACAAUGUCAAAGCCUAAAAUGAAUCGAAGAAUGUGUGCAAGAUCAUAAUUAUAUGAACCGUUUAAUUUGGUUUCUAUAAGAAGGACCAUACAGUUGUAAGGCAACAAUUCGAUUGGACAAUUGGAAGAGCAGGAAGUACAGAUGAUGAAGUUACUUCAGGGCCGACAAUCCUUGAUCCACCAGGAUCAAACAAUUAUCGGUCUAAAGCCCACCUACAUGCCCAAAUGGUCGGGCAGUAUGAGUGAAAAUUACCAAACUGCCUGAUCAGAUUGAAUAUGGGUGUUACAGACUAUGAAACUGCCAGGAACUGCCGGACUUUCUGCGGUGGGAUUACUUGAUUAUUGUUGCACACCUUUGAAGUCAUUAAAAAAAGAACAAACCUGA